AUGCAGGAGGUGGAAAGUAUUGUCCCUCCCAGGUAUAAGGAAUAUCGGAACAAGGAUGGUUUUACUCCUAGGGAAUUGUUUACGAAGAACCAUAAGGGCUUGAUGAAAGAAGGAGAGAAAUGGAUGAAGGGCACUGCAACUUCUUGUACAGUAGUAGGCGCUCUCAUUGUUACUAUUACGUUUGCUGCAGCCUUUACUAUUCCAGGUGGUAACACACAAGAUACUGGCUUCCCUAUAUUCUUACAUGAAAAAGUGUUCAUGCUCUUUAUAAUCUCUGAUGCCUUGUCGCUUUUUUCCGCCACAACUUCAGUCUUGAUGUUUUUGGGAAUCCUAACUUCACGCUAUGCAGAAGACGAUUUCCUUGAAUCCUUGCCCAAAAAGAUGAUUAUAGGCCUUUCGACUCUUUUCCUUUCCAUUGCAACCAUGAUGAUAGCUUUUUGUGCUACUCUUUUAAUUAUGCUACAGGGACAAUCAUGGAUAAUCAUUCCUAUCAUUUGUUUGGCUAGUGUACCCAUCACCUUAUUUGUAUUGAUGCUGUUUCCCCUUCUCGUUGAGCUGUUCAUUUCAACUUACAGAGCAAGCAUCUUCGAUAAGAAAAUGGAGCGAUGGAUGUAA